AAAAGUCUUUAUGCCGGGUAUUGGUCAACUGUAAACAGAAAAAGAUCUUUGAACAUGCAUACAUGCGCAAAUUUUUCCCCAUCGUUACUAUACAUAAAUUUGCAGUUUGCCAGCACGAAACACAACAUUCUUGACUGGCGAAUCACUCGUUGUCUUGAAGUCUAAAAAUGGCGAAAACUUUGUUCCUCUUGGUCUGUUUGGUGAUUGGUUUGGCCCGUACAAGGUAAACUUGGGCAUAAUUGAUUAAUUUGCUAAAUAUUUUUCUAAAGAUAUGCAUGUGCUGUAUUUUAUUCAAACGUCCAGAAAUAAGUGGUGGCAGUUAAGGCAAUUUUAAUACCUGGACGAAGAUUCUUGUUGACUUUUUUGCAGUCCGUCAUGUUCAUGCAUGUAAAUUUAAGUUCUCUCAGCACUUACAUAAUUGUAUACUAAAGUAUAUAUGCUUAUAUGUUAUUCUCAUUUGCUGAUGUUCCAGGCAACAGGUUUAUAGUUUAAACACCAUUUUAAUUAAACCGAAUACUGAUGAAGAUAGCAAAUUUGAAUAGCUCUUUGGGGAAAGAAUCGAAUUGUCUGUGUUUUAUAGCACUAAUUGUGUAUUUUAAUAAUUUUACAUUUUAGUUAUGCAGGCUUGCUAGAAAAUUAUUUUCGUCACAGUAAUGAUGAACGUGUAGAUUGUCGACGGGGAGAUGAGCGCGAGGACGACGCAGAAGGUCCACCGCAAUGUAAGAAAACAUUUUCUUUGGGGGGUGGGGGAGAAAUUUCCCCAAAGUUUUGUGGCAGAUUUUUCAAGAAAUUGCGAGAUUUUUAGCUAUUGUGUGGGAUUUUUAGCGACGAUUGACAUGUUUUCCAGAUUUUUCGAACGAUUUUUAUGGAAAGUGUAUCAGGAUUUUGGAGUAAUUCACAUCGAUCACCCAGGGGGCGGUUGUACGAAGCCUGCAUGGAUAGUGCUAUUCGUCGGAUUAAAGUUUAUAAAUUAAACUUUCUUUUGUUUAAUUAUGUUGUGCAAAUGUUUCAAGCAAUAUUUUACAACAAUUGAAAUAGCACUAUCCGACCAUCUCGAACUCUUUAAUAAUUCCUGAGUAAAUCAGCCAACCAUAUUGCUUUAUUUUGCUCAUUUGAUUCACCCCACUAGUGACUUAUUCGUAUAUGGAUGUCAUUUUAAAUCAUCCAGUUCGGACUGGACUAGAUUUCAAGUUCUUGCAUUUUGAUCCAUGGUAGCCUACUCGGCUUUGCCUCGCACUUGAUCAAAUUGCGCGCGGACUUGAAACAUAGUCCAGUCUUCAUAGUUGGAUUUGAAAUAUUACUUCGUACAACUGAGCCCAGCAGUCUUUAUAAGAAGACAUACGUCUUAUUAGAUUCUUUUCAUUUCAGUUUAUUUAUCAUUAAAACCUGCUGGAGAACGUUUGGCCUAUGGUCAGAACCCCGAGUAUAAGUACAAGCGAGUGUCGUUUGCACCGAGAGGCGUGAUCGGAAAUAGUCUUCUGCCAUUCUAUUUGCCUUUGUGUUCUGAUUAUUCGCUCCAACCGGCUGUUGUAAUUGAAGGGAAAGAGCAGGAAUUAUACGUGGAUUCAGUUUUGCAACUCUACAUGGAGAUAAGGACGAGCAAAACAGUGAAUACCAAGAAGUCAAUCUGACGUAUAAUAAUGGAAGCGCUUUCGUUAUUUUCCACCCUGACCCUUUCCUACCCAUUCAAAUCUUGUGUCCGGUCAAGGGACAGAAUGGAGCAGAGCUUUCAGCGGAUUGUAGCAGUAAAUACUCUUUGGAGAGAGUUGCACGAGUAAGUGCUUUCUUGUUCCAGAUAACAUUUUAUAUAUGAUCUAGUUUAUACAUUGAAAAUCUUGACUAAUGUUAUCCCAUGCUGGAUCGAACUGUAUUAAAUGAACGGCUUCUCCUUGGAAGUGACACAGAUUAGGCCGGCCAGGGCCUCUUAAGAAUUUGUCAGUGGGGAGGGCAACCUCGUUCCUAGGCAAAAGAACCCAACUACGAGGUUGUGAAAUGGAAAAGUGGUAUUUUUGGAGUGUUUCCGUGUCUGGGGGGCCACCCCUAGGCAUUUUUUGUAUUUCUCAGCGUCUGAAGCUUGACUUUUGAAGAGCCCAGUCAAACUGGAUCUGGGGGGACUUGCCCUCUCCAGUCUUUUGGGUUAAAAAGGGCCCUGGUAAUGGCAAUCUCUCAUUGAUCCCAUACAGGCCUAGUGUUUAAUACAUGAAGAAACAAGAAAGUCAUAUUGGCUGAAAAAUACCAAUGAUGUUGGUAAAAUGAACCUGGUUAUUAUAUCAUUAUUUUCUUCCGACAUACAUGCAUGUAGGACCGAGGCACUGACUGAAUUUUGAUUAUGCAUAGAUCUGCUUAGUGCUGGAAUCAAACCGCAGUCUGAGAAGUAAUAUGUGCACUCAACCACUACAUUGCCUGUAAUCUUACCUUUGCUCAUGAUCAUCCUAAUGUGUACAUUUUUGUUUUAUUUGAUUGCUCUUUCAUUUUAUUUCUAUUUUAUUAUUUACAACAGGUGAACUGAAGACUUUAAAGUUCUCUGACUUGACUUUUCUUUAAGUAGUAAAAACCGUAGAAUAGUACCAAAUAACUGUUAUGAUCACUGGUUAGAAUUUGAUGUUAAUGAUGUAAUGGAAUAAAUAACAAAUAAAUAUUUUGUUCUCGG